GAGGGACCCAGCAUUCCAACUCUGCACCUCUGUGUGAGCAUGUGCACAAGGAAUGAGGGGCCCUCCGAUGUAAUUGGCAGAGAGAGUGACAAAGGUGGUCCGUUUCAAAAGAGAAACCCUGCUGUGAUGUUAAUAUGAGAGAGAAUCAGGACUGGAACGAAGAGGUUUGGGGGUGUUGGAGGUGCCUUGAGAUUUGAGAUUUUCUUACAGUGUUCCUAUCCUGAGCUGAGGUUGAAGGUGGUGGCUGUAGAAUUUUAGGUCAUUUUAUUGGUGGAACAUUUAAGCAGGUGAAUUAAUGCUGGAUGAAGAUGACGUAUGUGGAAGUGGAGGAGAGUGUCAUGUCAUACUUAUCACAGACUGAGACUGACACCAACCCCAAAGACUUGAAUGUGGUGGUCAUUCUCCAUAACUUCUGGGAACAGAAGCAGAAAGGUCAGAUACACGAUUCCUACUGUGAAUCAGAUGGUUUUGAUGGGAAGACAGCUGGACAGACAGAGAGCCUGGUGUUGUACGAAUCUGCACCUUCCACUGGUCCUCCAUACGUCUGCUAUGUCACCCUUCCUGGAGGAAGCUGCUUUGGUAACUAUAAGGUGUGUGACACACAAGCAGAGGCUCGCAGAGAUGCUGCUCGCGUGGCUCUAAUGAACUCACUUGCAAACGAGCUGCCUUGUAGACGUAUCAGCCCCGAGUUCAUUGCACACAGUUUGCAUCAGGCAGCCAGAGAGAGUGCUGUCACUGUAGACGAAGCAUGUGAUUCCAGCACCAGUAUAGGAACCUACAGUUUGCUGCUCCAUUCCUACAUGGGAAAGACCAUGCUGGAGUUCCAGGAAAUGAUGACAGUUUUCCAGUUGUUGCACUGGAAUGGGACACUAAAGGCCCUGAGGGAAAGGCAAUGCUCCCGACAGAGUGUGAUCGCUUAUUACUCUAAGCGAGGACUUGAUGAGUACAUGCGCAGCAACAUGGCAUUAGAUUGGCUUGGACGGGAGCAGAGGUCAGCAGGGCUCCUCGGUGCAGAGCUGCAGGUAGCGCAGAGGGAGCUGGUCCUGGCUCGGCGCCGAGGCCUAGAGCUACGCUUCUACAAGGAAAAGACAGAGAUACUUAGCUUAGCUCUGAGCCAGGCAUACAUUCACCACACACCUGAAGUCUUCAGCCAGCCGCCAAGUCACACAUGCUAUCAAGAGCAAUUCCCUUUACAUACAUUAUAUGACCAGGAUGCUGAGGAACAGAUAUCCCCACCCUGUAGUCUGUCACCAACGCUCUAUAACAAUACAUUGCUAACUUUUAGCACAGACAGGCUCUCCAACAGUUCCUCGCCAUGUUCAAAGUUGACUUUUAUGCCUUUAAGUAACUCUGAAACUGAAUAAGUAGGUAAAGGAUGGAUAGUUUCACUUGAUGCAUAUAUGUCACAUCUGUUACAGAGAACAUAAUUGAAACGUUCAUGUUUUCUGUAAUAGUACAAAGUUUAGUUAUAACAAAGGCUACAGAUAUCAUGUAAUGUUUUACAUUGAAUUCAGUUUUAUUAGAACUAAGAUUAUAUGUAAAACUGUGUUCAAAACUAAAGCUAAAGAAAGGCAGCUUUCACAUGUGCUGAUAAAAAAUGUAUUGAUAUUGUUACUCUAACCUUGUAUUCAUGAUUAAAAAGCGUGUCUUUUA